UUUAAUGUUCAAUGAACAUUGUUCAUGCGCGAGAGAUAUGUAUGUACGUGUGUAUGCUGUUGUUUGGAAACACGUUUGUAAAAUAAACCCACAAAAUGGUGAUGGCGGUUUUCUCGUACUAAACGUGGACGGCCAAAUAAUUGCACUAAACUGUGCAAAGUAGUCUAACACCUCAAAAUAAAUCUACAAAAAAUGUAAUACAUGAAAAGUUGGUUUAAAAAUUAUUACCAUGCAUCAUAUCCAAAUGUGCAUACUGGUCUCGGUAGCGAUGGCUUCAUUAUUAUACAUCUUACAUCGAGGUCCAAGUGUAUCAGGUGUGAAAGAGUCGUCACUUUCCGGUACACCAAUAACGCAACCCCAAAAAAACACUCUUCACAUCGCUGUAGUCGUCUGCGGUCAACGAGUUCAGGAAACCCUUGUUAUGAUCAAAUCCGCCAUUCUUUUUAAUCAUUAUCAAGAACUAAUAAAAUUUUUAAUAUUCACUGAGGACAGAUUACGUGAAAUCUUUAAAGAGAAACUUGAGGAUUGGCGUAAACUACUACCACAUUUAUUUGAUUUCGAGCUUUUUCCCUUAAGUUUUCCUUCCCAGAGUAAAAAAGAAUGGAGAAAUCUUUUUAAGCCUUGUGCCUCCCAACGUUUAUUUUUGCCAUCGCUUUUACCUGAGGUUGAUUCACUGCUUUAUGUGGAUACAGAUGUUUUGUUUUUGUCUCCCAUAUCAGAUGUAUGGGAAUAUUUCUACAAAUUCAAUGACAGUCAAUUGGCAGCCCUUACUCCUGAGCAUGAAAAUGAAAACAUCGGCUGGUACAACCGUUUUGCACGGCACCCGUAUUAUGGUCGGCUUGGAGUGAACUCUGGUGUAAUGUUAAUGAACUUAACCCGAAUGAGAAAAUUUGAAUGGGAAAAACACAUUUUACCCAUUCACAAUGAGUACAGGCUGCGAAUUACUUGGGGAGAUCAAGAUAUAAUAAAUAUCCUAUUUUACUAUCACCCGGAUAAACUUUAUAUUAUUCCGUGUGAAUAUAACUACCGUCCAGAUCACUGUAUGUAUAUGAGUAUAUGCACCUCAUCGCAAAAAGGCAUUAAAAUAAUACAUGGUAAUAGAGGAUAUUUUCAUUCCGAUAAGCAGCCAUUGUUCAGAAUCAUAUAUGAAGCUAUCGAAAAAUACCAAGUAGGUACAAGUCCUUAUCAAAACUUUCUAUUGCCCCUACAAUCAUCAUUAAUCCAACAAAAUAUAAAUGAUUCCAACUGCGGGAAAAUUUCAAAUCAAGCCGUUCUUAUUGCAAACAACUUAUUUAUAAAUGAAUACCUUUAAAAUUCGAACUUAAGCCUGCCUGAAAAAUAAUUCGUUAUUGUUCGAACAUGUGCCUUUCGAAAUUUAUUUAUAAAUGUAGAACGUCCUUUAAUUUAUUAAUUAUCAAGGAUAAGAGUAAAUGAAGACCAAAAAUAGUCUUUUCCGAUUGCAAUACAUGGUCAUAAGUAUUAUUUUUUAAGAGUAAGAUAAAUUUCUUAAGUUGUAAUCCAUAAUUUAAAUAUACCUACAUAUCUAAAA